CAACAUGGGCCUAUGCUAAACUUCCGAGGCCCCUCCCCGUGGUUGUGAUGUAGUGGAUUUCAAAUAUCACACCACUCGCAAAACCCCGCCCCACAAUGGACCACAUAGAAAUGGUCAGAGUCAAGAAAAUUAAAUUUCACUUGGCAUGACAGUAAGCAUCCCACCGAAUUUGCUAACCGGAGAGAUGUCUUUGCCGAAUUGGAUAAGGAGCUUCAGGUUUACGCUGUCCCUGGUCUUCUUGGUCUACUCUAUUGCUGAAACACGGGCCAUUACGUGCACCUCCACGCAGUUCCAGUGUGGUAACGGAAAGUGCAUCACCUCACGAUGGGUGUGUGACGGAUCGGACGACUGCGGCGACAGAACUGACGAGCUGGAAGCCACCUGCCAGAACAAGACGUGCAUGCCAAACCAGUUCAGCUGCGGCGGACGUCUCAACCAGUGCGUGCCGUCCGGUUGGCGGUGCGACGGCAAGGGCGACUGCGAGAACGGCGCGGACGAGGAGGGCUGUGUCCCGAGGACGUGCUCUGACGACGAGUUCCGCUGCACCAGCGGUCAGUGCGUGGCGGUGGCCUUCGUCUGCGACGAGGAGCACGACUGCGAGGAUGGCAGCGACGAGGCCUCCUGCCCGGCUCCCACCUGCCGCCCGGGCUCCUUCCAGUGCAACAACUCCGUGUGCGUGCCGCGCCUGUGGGCGUGCGACGGCGACGCCGACUGCGCCGACGGCUCGGAUGAGUGGCCGCAGAACUGCGCCUCACAGCCCGCCGCGCCCACCCGGCCGCCCUGCUCGUCACAGGAGUUCCACUGCACCAGCGGCGAGUGCGUGCACGCCAGCUGGAGGUGUGACGGCGGUGCCGACUGCCUGGACUCCUCGGAUGAGGUCAACUGCACACAUGUGACCUGCCGGCCAGAUGAGUUCCAGUGUAACGAUGGCACGUGUAUCCAUGGCAGCCUCCAGUGUGAUGGAGACUACAACUGCAAAGAUCUGAGUGAUGAGAUGGGCUGUCUGACCAGGACUGCUUGCGAAGGCCCAGACAAGUUCAAGUGUCGCACAGGGGAGUGCAUCAGCAUGGACAAGGUGUGUGACAAGAACCGCGACUGCAGGGACUGGUCCGACGAGCCUCUCAAGGAGUGUGGUAACAACGAGUGUCUGACCAACAAUGGAGGCUGCUCCCAUACCUGCAACGAUCUGAAGGUGGGCUACGAGUGCCUCUGCCCCACUGGGUUCCAUCUGGUCGACAAGAAGUGUGAAGACAUCAAUGAAUGUGACAACCCAGACACCUGCAGCCAGAGGUGCAUCAACACCGAGGGCAGCUACAAGUGUGACUGCUACGAGGGCUACGAAAUGGACUCGGUGACCAAAGAGUGCAAGGCAAUCGCAGGUAGCGUUCCCUAUCUGUUCUUCACCAACCGCCACGAGGUCAGGAAGAUGACGCUGGACAAGCGGGAGUACACGCGUCUGAUUCCCAGCCAGAAGAACGUGGUUGCCCUGGAUAUGGACAUGCCCAACAAGAAGAUCUUCUGGUCUGACCUGAGCCAGAAGAAGAUCUACAGCGCUCUGAUGGACUCGGCUGGAAGCCCCUCCCAGCACAGCACGGUCAUCGACAGUGACAUCCAGGCACCCGAGGGACUGGCCAUCGACUGGAUCCACGGCAACAUCUACUGGACCGACAGCGCGUACGGCACCAUCUCCGUGGCGACCACCAGCGGCGCCAAAAGGAUGACCCUGAUCCGAGAGGACUUGAAAAAGCCCCGCGCCAUCGUGGUCGACCCGGCAACCAACUUCAUGUACUGGACCGACUGGGGAAAUCCUGCCAAGAUCGAGAAGAGUGGUCUUAAUGGAGCCGGCCGCAUCGCCCUGGUUACAGACAACAUCCUCUGGCCCAAUGGCCUGACCCUGGACAUGGUGAGCCAGAGGUUGUACUGGGUCGACUCAAAGAUGCACACGCUGUCCAGCAUCAGCGUGCAGGGAGCUGGACGCCACACGCUCAUUUCCAACGCCGAGAAACUGGCCCAUCCCCUGUCCCUCGCCGUCUAUGAGGAGAAGGUAUUUUGGACGGAUGUGCACAACAAAAAUAUCAUGAGUGCCAAUCGGCUGACAGGAAAUGACAUCACCGAGGUGGUGGAGGGUCUCCACUCUCCUGAGGAUAUUAUGCUGUACCACAACCUCAAGCAGCCUGCCGGCAAAAACUGGUGCACUGAGGGCAACCUGGUGAACGGCGGCUGUGAGUUCCUGUGCCUGCCGGCGCCACACAUCAGCGAGCACUCCCCCAAGUACACCUGCGCCUGUCCCGAUCACAUGGCCCUCGGCCCCGACAUGAGGAAGUGUGUAGCGGCGCCCAAGCCCAAGCCCAUGACGACCAAAGCUCCAGCCCCCAAAGCCAGACCUACAGAGGAGAUGCCCCCUGUGCAGCCUGUCGACACCACCCCUGCGCCCCCUCCAGCCGCGCCCACACCUGCCACCUCCACGCCGUCCGCACCGCGCAAACUCCCUGUGAACCCAGACACCAACGAGGUGGCAGGAGCGGGCACCAAGACCGAGAUCCCGGCAGAAGAAGGCACCAAUAAUGGAUACGUUGCUGUUGCCAGUACUGGCAGGUCCUCCACCGCUGCUUUGUACAUUGUGAUCCCAAUAGUGGUCAUGUGUCUGGUGGUGUUUGGCGGGGUGCUGAUGUGGAGACACUGGAGGCUCAGGAACACAAACACCAUUCACUUUGACAACCCCGUGUACCAGAAGACCACGGAGGACGAGGUGCACAUCUGCAGGAAGAACAGCCAGGACGGCUACAUCUACCCCUCGAGGCAGAUGGUGAGCCUGGAUGAAGAUUUUGCCUGAUGCCUGCCAAGUUUGACGGCUCACAUUUGAAGGAAAACAAAGUCCACUGACAAUUGCUGCUUAAUGUUACAUCACUUUAAUCUCUCUCUUCACUCUGUGGAGAAGGGGCUUGACCUCAUCACUGUGGUACCCGCUGUCCAGUCCAAACCCAGACGUUCCAAAUGAAAUCCCUGAUUGGGGCCAGUGUGAGCUUUCUUUUUCUGUUGUUGUUUUCUUGUUGUUUUCUUGUUGUUGUUGUUUUUUACAUUACCUGAUGGAAUGAUCUGAUGUCUCAGAUUUCCUAUGAAGGACCAAUGCUCAGACAUAUAAAACGAUUGACGAAAUAGUUUUAAUGGAACACGUUGAGCAAAAAAUGGUAAAGAACCUUAGAACAUAGAACUGGAAUUAUAUGUACAAUGGGUGACUUUGUCACACACUGAGAGAAUUCUAGAUCAAAGAAUGUUACUUUUUGUUCGUUCAGCGCUAUCUUUUGCUCCUGAAGUUACAUUACACUUUUGAGAGGUCUGUGAAGGAGCAUGACUUGCACUAUAGAAAUGUCUCUUUUCGUCAAGCAAACCGAUUGUGAAUGAUCUUACUAGUCAGCGAAGGCUUUUUUUUUUUUAUUGUUAUUGAAGGAAUGGAGGUGGAUGAAGUCAGUACUUAUUAAAUUAUAUUAGUGUAGGCGCACCUUUGCACUUCAAGCCCCUUAACCUUUCAUAAGGUACAGGUUUGGAAAAUCUCACAAGCCUUAAGAACUCCUUAACAUGGUCAUGUCACUCUCCUGAUUAGAACGGUCUGUGAUGGUCUGUGAUGUCCGCAGCACAUGGUUGUAUCUGUGCCUUGCUUCCAUAGUCCAGCAUUUGCUUUCCAGUGUGGCAUCACAUGAGGUGACCAUCACAUCUGUCUUGUUCCUACCCUCUUGUCCAUCCUUGUGCGAAUGAAUUGAAACACGUUAUCAGCAAUCUGACAACGGAGGAUGAAUCUAUUCUUUUCUCGUUUUAAAGCCUCACUUGUCUUGUGAGAGUCAUUUUUACAUUCCAGGACACAUUAUGUCUGGGCAUUAUUUGCCGCUUGCCUACCACAAUUUCCCUAGUUUUUUUUGCCGGAUAGGACCCUGUCUCUCAUGACCACAAUUUCCCUAGUGUUUUUGGCAAAGUGGACUGUGGCCCUUUCGUCACGUUUUUUUUUUUUUUUUUUGCUCCAGUUUAUUUGCACAAGGGUGCCUCUCACCUGCCAGCCACCACAGCACACCUCCGUGGCUGUGUAGCUCUGCUUCAACACACUCAGGUGUGCAACACCUCCAUGGCUGUGUGUGUAGUAAUAGUGUGUAGCUCUGCUUCAACACACUCAGGUGUGCAACACCUCCGUGGCUGUGUGUGUAGUAAUAGUGUGUAGCUCUGCUUCAACACACUCAGGUGUGCAACACCUCCGUGGCUGUGUGUGUAGUAAUAGUGUGUAGCUCUGCUUCAACACACUCAGGUGUGCAACACCUCCGUGGCUGUGUGUGUAGUAAUAGUGUGUAGCUCUGCUUCCAACACACUCAGGUGUGCAACACCUCCGUGGCUGUGUGUGUAGUAAUAGUGUGUAGCUCUGCUUCAACACACUCAGGUGUGCAACACCUCCGUGGCUGUGUGUGUAGUAAUAGUGUGUAGCUCUGCUUCAACACACUCAGGUGUGCAACACCUCCAUGGCUGUGUGUGUAGCUCUGCUUCGACACCCUCAGGUGUGCACACCUAUGUGGCUGUGUGUAGUAAUAGUGUGUAGCUCUGCUUCGAAACACUCAGGUGAGAACACCUCCGUGGCAGUGUGUAGCAAUAGUGUGUAGCUCUGCUUCGACACACUCAGGUGUGCACACCUCCGUGGCUGUGUAUAGUAGUUUGUGUAGCUCUGCUUCGACACACUCAGGGCUUUUUACAGGUACGCUGUUGAGCAGGGCUAGUUUCACACUUGUGCUGAGACUACCCACAAUGCAGUGGGCCAGCAUUUUCUUUUCACUCAUUGUUAUGUCCAUCAGUACAUAUUAUUCCUCAUAUUCUAUGCUAUAUACAAAUGACUGCCUGAUAAUCUCAUGACAUGAAUUAUUUCAUGUUGAGAGUAUGUAAAGUAUGUAAAAAGAUGUUGUAAGUAUGUACAUAAUUUGUUGUUCCCCAUUUUAGCGUGGUGGUGUCCAUUGAAGUUUUUAAACCUUAAAUACUGUACAUAAGAUCAUUUGGUUAUUUAUUGUUCUAUAUGAUAAUGUUGAUUUUUUGUUUCUAUUUUUAAUGAAGAUUUUGUGUUUAAUUUGUGGUGUGUGAAUGGAAAAAAAAAAAGACAAGCCAUCAUAACAUAUUUACUUUACGUAAGCUGCAGUCUGAUAGCAGCCUGUAGAAUGUACAUGACUGUAACGCACACUGGACUGUGAGUGCAAGCUCAGAGUCUUCUUGUUGCCUUUUCUACAAGCUAAUGGUUGGGUCACGUUGUGUCUUAGUGGAUGCCUUAAAGCCACAUAUAUUGGUACGUGGCAAAUAUGAGAACGCAGCAAUGUAUCCCUUAACCCUAACAAGGAUGGUAUGCAUGAAGCUUGCUGUGUGGUGUGAUAGACCUGUGUGUGUGUGUGUGUGUGUGUGUGUGUGUGUGUGGUGGUCAGGGACAGGCGCAGGGUGUUUACUGUCUGCAGCAGGUGUGUGUGUGUGUGUGUGUGCCACACGUGAUGUCUGCUGUCCUGUCACAGAACACAAAGCUCUGUUUGAUCACGCUCCGGUUCCAAUGAAGGAAUUCUAACGUACUGUACAGUACAAAGUUGAAAGUGUAGGAGGUAUCCGGUUCAAUUUGAUUGUUUGUAUGAUUGUUUGUUUUGUUAAAUGAAGAAUAAAUCAUGAAAACUAA